CACUUGCGCAGAGGAACAACAAUGGACGACUUUGCUGACACGGGAAGUCAUCCUGCAGCGCCGACGACAUCGUACAAAUUUUGGUGGCAGCCAACAACAAUUUUGUUUGCUGGCUUGAUCCUGCUCAUCCCGCUAGCCACGUUUACGUUCCAGAACUAUAGGACUUUUCAAACGGGGCAAGACUGGAUACCUGCGACGACGGAUAUGGUGAGGUCUCCGUCAUUACCGCCGCUAGAUGACUUUCAGACUUCACCCCACAAACUGAUCCAGUUCUACCCGGGGCUCGCCGAUACGUGCAUUUCCAAGGUGUGCCUGUGGAACACGGAGUACCUCUCACAAGUCGGGAAGAGCCGAGUCAAACCGUGCGACGAUUUUUACGAGCACGUGUGCGCAGCGAUCAAGUCUAACAUUGAAGACUCGAUGCACCUCUCUUUUGCCCGGAUGAGCACACAGCAGCUGAUAAAAGAUUUCGACUUGUUCUUCGAAAGAUUCUUCCAACUUAAGAGAGAGCGCUCACAAGAAAGAGAAGCCAAUUUCCUCACUCAGUCGAUGUUGGUGUAUACAAAGUGCAAAGGCAACCACUCUUCGAGUGACGCUGAAGCCCUCAAUGCCUUUCGCAGAAUCCUCGCUGCCAUUCACAUCAGUGAUUGGCCGUAUGCGAAAUUUGCUGGCGACAUCGUCGAAGUUGUGUCCGCUGCAGACAGAGAGCUAAUGUUACGGCCGAUGUUUAGGGUCCACGUGCUGCGAGACAUAAGGAAAAACGGAACGCCACAUAUAGUGCUGAAGGCGCCCCUGACGCACCUGAAUAGACAAGUCAUUAGUCCAGAUGUAAACUAUACAAAAUAUUACGAACAAAGCCUUGCACGUGUUCUAAAUACGUACCGAAAUUCUUCAGACGCCAAUAAGGCAGCCAGACAAAUUUAUUGGCUCCAAAUGGCCCUUAAAAAGCUGUCUUACGUUGACUCUUCGCACAGAGACUUGGAUGUACGGACUAUGACCUCGAUUGGUGCGUUACGGAACUGUGAUAGCUGGCACUGGCUCAGAUACUUCAAACGUCUGUUUAACACAAGCGACAGCAUCGUACCAUCCACUCACGUGUUUCUAGAGGAUCCUGCAUUUUUUAGAAAGUUCACUUCCAUCUUCGAUCUGGAAGAUUCUGGCACCACGGUAGCCAAUUACGUUGGCCUCAAGGUCUUGCUCACGCUCUGGCCUUUCAUGCCUACAGCUUUCCAUUUCGCCUACAAGUUAACUCAAGAUCCAAACAUGGUACCACUUGAUGCCAGAAUUUCAGCUUGCAGUGCGACGGUUGAGAAAAUGUAUCGCUACGGCGUCGGCAUCGCAGUGAAGCUUGCGGCUAGCGGCGAAUUUGCCGACGUUUACCGUCGAGAUCGCGACGAACAAUUUGCCGCACUUUUUCGCGAUGCACGAAUGGUACUCAAGGAGCUUUUGGAGACCGGGCGAUCGUGGUUUGGCCUAGCCGAUGUUCAGAGGGCAGUGAACACGCUGAACAGCAUGACAUUUGCGUUCGGCACGCAGCACAACUUUCAGCAGUACGAAGACUACCGCAAUACUCCGGAUUUGUCCCUGAGAUCGACCGCAAGUGGUUUGGACGCAGUUCUUUCCGUAUUUUCACACGCGUCAUCUCUCUACUGGAAUGCACAUGCCACCAGCGCAGAUUACGCAAGAGCGUACGACAACACUUACAUAACAUCUGUUUUUGACUGGGACAGCGAGUACCAGCCGACUAACAACCACGUGUUCAUCCCUAAUGCGGUAGUUGGUUUUUUGAGGGACACUUCGAACAAAAUUCCGUUACCCCUCUACCCUAUCAUCUCACAGCAUGUCGUCAAGGCCAUGCUUCAAGCGCUUCUGAAGGGCAACUUGCUGUUCGACGAUCACGGAAGUGUUAGCAAGUGGUGGAGCGUGGAAACGGAACGAGAGUACGAUAGCACGAUUAAGUGUCUCCGGCAACAACUCGACGCUAUCGAACAUGAUUCGGACACUCCACGCACUAUUAUGCGCAGCGAGGCAGAGUUCCUGGACAGUGCGGUGCUCUGGCCGUUGUACGAGCUCUAUAGUCAUGCACUUGAGCACCAAAACGAGACCGGGCUCUCCCUCAAUUUGAGCGGAAAGGUCGUCAAUCCUAAAGAACUUUUUUUCUACAACUACGCUUCAGCGCAUUGCGAAGAUGGUGACCUGCAACGUCAGCCACGGCGGCUUGAGCCGGUGUUGAGUCCGUCUAAGAUUCGAUUGAAUGUGGCAUUGAAUAACUUCCCGCCGUUCCUUGAAACAUUUUCGUGUGGUGCAGCCAGAACACCAACAGUCCGCUGUGAGGUAUGGAAGGAGCGAGUGUCUGCAACGAGCGCCUUCCAGUCAUUCGAGCGCAAUUUUAGCUCGAACACGCCUUCAGAGUUCGUGCAUACUAACGCAAUGCGUAGCUGGACCCCCCAAGAUUACAAUCAGUAACAUACCAACUAAAAAGUAUAACAUGAACUACGAACCCGUAAUCUAGGAUUAGGAGAGGGCUAAGGAUGAUCAGGGCUAAAUAAAUGUUCCGUGAAAAUAAUAUUCAAUUUUAAUACAGAGA